UGCGCAGAUAACGAUGGAUAGGACGACGUCGGCGGAGGAUCUGACGCAGCAACUACUCGACGACCUGCUCGCCAAUGUCUUCCGCUGCCUCCGGACGACGUCGCCCAGCCUCGCCGCGUCCCGGUGCGUCUGCAAGGCGUGGCGUGCCAUCAUCGACGGCCGCCGGCUGCUCGCGGACCUCCCUUCGUACUCGCUGACCGGUAUAUUCGUCCACCUGAACGGCGAGCCGCUCCCCAGAUACUUCUCGGCCGCCUCAUCAUCCGUGAGCAUCGCCCCUUUGGACUACUUGGAUGCCCACGACGCCAUUAAACAUUUAGCGAUCACGCAGCACUGCAACGGCCUCCUCCUGCUCAAGGACGACGCAGCUAAAGAGAUCUGGGUGCUUAAUCCCGCCACACGACAGUGGACGCAUCUGCCUACCCCUCCGGUUAUGUGUACACCGGGCAUGGAGGAUGUUGAUCAUGUAGAUCGUUACAUGGACUUCCAUGACCAAUACUUGGUGUUUGAUCCUACGGUGUCACCGCACUUUGAGGUCUUCUUAGUCAAGUAUGUUCCCUUCAUUCCCUUGUCAAGCAUUAACAAAUUGGUUGGCCCUCACAUACUAGAGAGAGAAUGGCCACCGUCGAAUUUUGUUUUGCUUGCCUUCUCAUCGAGAACAAAGCGGUGGGACGAGAGAUCUUUUGUUCGUGAAGGGGAGGCCGCGGGGACCAUUAGAAGCAUGUUACACGUUCUCCCGUCCGAUGACUGGUAUGCCGCAUACUGGCAAGGAGCACUUUACUUCCACCAACGUGGUGUGAUCAUGAGAGUAAACUUGUCAAAUGAUAAAUAUCAAGUAAUUAAGCUGCCGAAAGGUUCUCGAAAAAAUCUUGCCGGCCGUUAUUUAGGAAAAUCUAAGAAUGGUAUAUAUUGUGCAUUACUUGAUGACCCCAGAAUUCGGAUUUGGUACCUCGUUGAAACAGGUGAUCACGUGAAGUGGAUCUUAAAGUGCAGCAUCAAUGAUGUUUAUGGCAAAAGAACUCUACUUGGGUUUCAUCCAAACAAAGAGACCAUCUUCGUCUUCUGCACACUCUCCAAAAGAGUAAUGGCCUAUCAUUUCAAUAGCUCCGAUGUCCAAGACUUGGGCUUGUUACAUGUGGACCGCAUAUGGCUGUCUUUCCCAUACACAUCGUAUUUGAUGGGAGAGCAUUCAAGCAACAAGCAGUAGCUUAGUUAAAGUACAAUGGAUUAGCUGAACGUUUUACUUGU